ACACGUCAGUCUGCCUGGGCAAAUGUCAAAGUGAAGUCGUGAGUUUGGUGGGUGGAAGCAAUCCAAUUAUUUCGAUUAAUUUAAUUUAAAUGAUUAGUAAUUAACAUCUUUAUGUUACUUUAUUUUUAAAAAUAUAUUUUUACACCAACAUUUUCAAAUAUGAGUGAUAAUAAGGAAGAAAAGAAACAAAUUUGUGUGUGGUGCGAUGGAUGUUACGACAUGGUACACUUUGGGCAUGCAAAUUCAUUAAGGCAAGCAAAAGCUCUAGGGGAUGUGUUGAUAGUGGGCGUUCACACAGAUGAAGAGAUUUCUAAACAUAAAGGUCCACCGGUGUUCACCCAGGAAGAGCGGUAUAAAAUGGUCCGUGCCAUCAAAUGGGUGGAUCAAGUAGUUGAGGGAGCACCAUAUGUGACCACUCUGGAGACGUUAGACAAAUACCAGUGUGAUUUCUGCGUACAUGGAGAUGACAUCACAGUAACUGCAGAUGGUGUAGACACAUAUCACAUGGUCAAAAAAGCAGGCAGAUACAAAGAAGUGCCGCGAACAGCAGGAGUGUCGACCACAGAUCUGGUGGGCAGAAUGUUGCUCCUCACAAGAGAACACUUCAAGAGAGGUGACAAAGAAUACUCAGUGGCGUUGGAGCAUUCGUCUAACCUGGGCACGGACUCCACGGCGCGCUCGCCUUACACCGGCUGCUCACAGUUUCUGCCAACCACACAGAAGAUCAUACAGUUCAGCAGUGGACUAUCUCCCAAACCGACUGACAAAGUGGUAUACGUAGCGGGUGCCUACGACCUAUUCCACGUGGGUCACCUGGACUUCCUAGAGGCGGCGCACAAACAAGGGGACUUCCUCAUAGUGGGCCUGCACACCGACCUGGAGGUGAACCGGUACAAAGGCUCCAACUAUCCCAUCAUGAAUCUACAUGAGCGUGUGCUCUCUGUCCUAGCUUGUAAGUACGUUCACGAAGUAGUGAUCGGCGCGCCAUACAGUGUGACAGCGGAUCUCAUGGACCACUUUAAAGUGAAGGUGGUCUGCCACGGUCUCACGCCCAUAUCGCCCGACGCCGACGGGGUCGACCCCUACCUCGUGCCUAAGAAGAGGGGCUGUUUUAAGAUUCUAAAUUCCGGCAACACUAUGACGACAGACGACAUCGUCCAGCGAAUAAUCCGACAUCGACUCGAGUUCGAGGACCGGAACAACCGCAAGGAGCAGAAAGAAAUAGCCGUAGUCAAGGCCUCGCAGAAGAAACACGCCAAACAAAACGGAGAUUGUGUCCUCGAAACUACGAGCUAAGUCAAACAUACCAAAAAUACCAUAGAUUCAUUGUGCUAUCAAGCUAGAUAAUAAUCAUGUACUAUUUGACAGUAAAUACUAGUGAUAUGUAAAUUAAGUAUAAUUUAAAAGAUGCCAUAGAUGUUCAAGCCCACUACUGGUAUACUUGAACGUGUAUGAAGGUGACAUUUUUGGCUACUGAAUUAGAAUUUAUAAUAAAGGCUACUGAAAUAUUCUUCUGAUAACAGUAAUUGUAGCUCAGUGAUACUGCUAAGCCGGUAACUAAAAAUGUCGCCUCAAACGGGUAAUAAAGCAAUCGAAGACUCUCAGACGGCAUUUUAAUAUAUUUCAUAUCAUGACUUCAGUCUAUACAUCAAUAGAACGAAGUCCUAGGAUGUUGGAUAAUUUCCACCUGCCCCAUUAAAGUUGUAGCAAAAUUGUAGAUAUAAGCAGACUUGUUCUUUGUCGGGGCCUAAUUCAUAUUUGAGACAUUUGAUAGAAGCUAGAUUAAAAGUUUAUUCUCAGCACAUAAAGUAUUUAUAAUGUGAAUUUCUAAACACUUUUGAUUCUGCUUUUAAUAUUCAUCGAAAUAAAUCCCGAAUAUCUGUGUAAUGUUUAUAAUUAUAAGCAGAAUAUACUGUAUUGUAAUUAUUAAGCUCCUGUUAAAUGUAGAAGGGAUAUAAAUUUCCGUGUACCCGCCUAUAUGCAUUAAAAUUAAUAUAAUCUAUAGCAAUAUUGCAUAAGUAUAUCGAAAUAAUAAUAGUAGUUAAACUACAUAAAAUUUGUGUGUUAAGUUACUCCUAAUGUCGGGAAAUAUAUACUUAUAUGAAGAACUCCUACGACUACAAGAAACAUCGAGAUAUUAUAAUCAAAAUUAAAUAUAACUAAUUUAUGUUUUAUCUACAAACACACAAUAUUCGGACAGAACUUGUUAGCAUUUCAGUGACUGUAAAUAAGUUAAAUUAAUUAUUUAUAAACAUACAAUUGUAUAUCCUAUUUAAAUUGUUAUGCAUGUACAUAAACUGCUGCUGGACUCAGAAUAGGUACAAAUUAUUAUACUUACUUAAAUUUAUAAAUACUUAUAAAUUAUUUAUUUACUUAAAAUUGAAUAAAACAUCAGCUCUGCAAAUAAAUUAUUAAAAUGAAAUAUUGAAUUCGCUUUCUAAAUAAAAUAGUAACGAUAAA